AUGCCUCGUCCCCGGAGAAAGUCGAGUAGCUUGGGCGUGGACAUCCGGGGUGAUACCAGCGCACCGGCCAUGUCGACAAUGAAUCUCGUCAGCCCAGUUGAAUCCGAACCCGGGGUCUUUGACAAGCAAAUCCCGCAACAUCGUACUUCUCCCGAGAAGCCCAAGUCACAAUCGAAACGUCGCAAGAAUCGAUCGCUGCUCCGUCGCUCUAAGGAUAUCUGCUUGAAGCACACAUGGCUCCUCCCGCUUCUCAUACUGAUUGUCCUCCUGUCGUUGUACUUGGUGAACCCAACCGAGUCCAACCCCAUGCACAGCGCUAUCUUCUUGUCCUAUCCGGGACCGCCGAAGACGCCCGGUGGCCCCAUCAUGUACGGAAAAGGCCCUAAGGAUAUUGCUUUUGUGUCCUUCUACACAAUCGUUCUAUCGUUCACUCGCGAGUUCCUGAUGCAGCGCAUGAUCCGUCCGUUGGCAGGUUGGUGUGGGAUUCGUGGUAAAGGCAAGACUGCACGUUUCAUGGAGCAGGUGUACACCGCGAUCUACUUCGGUAUCUUCGGACCUUUUGGUCUCUAUGUGAUGUAUAGGUCGGACAUUUGGUAUUUCAACACGACGGCCAUGUUCGAAGGUUUUCCCCACCGGGAGCAUGAACCUUUCUUCAAGGCGUUUUACUUACUCGAGGCGAGUUACUGGGCACAGCAGGCGAUUGUGCUGAUGCUGCAGUUGGAAAAGCCCAGGAAGGAUUUCAAAGAGCUUGUCGGUCACCACAUCAUCACACUGGCACUCAUUGGACUGAGCUACCGGUUCCACUUUACUUACUUGGGCAUUGGAGUCUACAUCACGCACGAUAUCUCGGAUUUCUUCCUUGCAACUUCAAAGACCCUCAACUACCUCGACUCCAUCAUCACUGCGCCCUACUUUGCAACCUUCGUCGGUGUGUGGAUCUAUUGCCGGCAUUAUCUCAACCUUAAGAUCCUUUGGGCUAUCUUGACCGAAUUCCGGACCGUCGGACCUUUUGAACUCAACUGGGAAACUCAACAAUACAAGUGCUGGAUCAGUCAGUACAUUACCUUUGCGUUGUUGGCCAGCCUGCAGGCCGUGAACCUGUUCUGGCUCUUCUUGAUCCUCCGCAUCCUCGCCAACUAUGUCUUCAACAGUGUCAAGAAGGAUGAGCGAAGCGAUGAUGAGGACGAGGAGGAGGAAGAAGAGCAGGAGAAGACCCAGGCUACUCUUGCCACAGGUACUGAGCAGCCCACUCUUACGGCGCGUAAUGCUACCCAGGAGAACCAGGCACCCCAGGUUCUGCUUAACGGCAAGCCUGUCCAAGGAGUCGAGGACAAGAAAGACUCGUAA